AUGUACGAAGGGAUUGACAACUUGAAAUCCCUUUACGACCGUGCCGGGAAGACUUUCUCCGGCGGUCCAUCUGCGGCACAGGAUGUGCCGCGUCGUACUGCUCAACCAGACCCAGUACGUCGAUCAUCAGUUGGGAGCGGGGCUCCCAAGAAUCCCAGGACGGGGGAUAGCCGCGCCACCGGACGAGAUAACUCGUCCGACGUCCGUUCACGUCGCGGUGGUUCAACAGCUGCUCAACUAGAUAGCGCUGGCCACCGCGAGAGUCCUCUAAUGGAGGUGGAGGAGGAGGAAAGACGCUCUCCACACGAUCAUGUGGAUCGGUGUGUUCCCGAGAGCUUCUUUGAUCGCGUAACGCAAGGGUUACGCGACGAUCUCGAGCAUGAGCAGAAUAGGCGUCUCCAAAUGGCGGACACUGCCUCGAAGCAUCGAGCUGAGUUUGCCUUUGCUCAGCUUGAGAACGAGAGAUCUCUGACAUCUCUUCGUGACGAGCUAAGGGUAGCUCGUGGGAUUGCUGAUCGGUCUCGGGAUGAGAUAGCUGCUCUUCAGACCCUUGUUGAUGCCCACCAUCGGGAGCACAAGGCUCCCUGCGAGAUGCUUGAGCGCAAGGGCGUUCUUCAUCGGAAGAAGCAGCGUACUGAUGGUACGGCUUAA